GACGUAAUCUACGCCGCGUGCAACACAACCGAGCGUUAGCCAAAGUGUAGAAAGUAUAUAGAGUGUGUAUAAAAAUUGUGGAAAAAAUAAGCGUUGCUACAUUUUUAAUUUGUGCAAGUGCUACUAAUUCGAUUACAAAGUAACUGACACGAUUUUAUGGCACAACGGCAAUAACGGUCGCAACUUUUAAAUUGCCAUUAAAAAGUGAAUCUCUGGAGAACAAACGUGUAUGUAACAAAGAAAAUUCCAACAGCUUGGAAUAGCGCAAAAAUAAGCAAGCAACAACAACAAGCAUAGUCAGCAAUUGAAUUGUAGCGAAAAUUCGGCGCCAUUUGGGGAAGCCAACGACGACAGUCCACCAGCAGCGCCACAUAACCACCGAACCAGCAGCGACACGCACCAGCAACAACAACCAAACAAGGCACACACAUACACACACACUUUCCUAACACAGAGGGAAUCUCUAUAAAAGUGAAAUUUUUGCCACACGACGCCCAAUAAAACAACCGGAAACACAAUGGUAGCAGCACAACUGGCAAUUCGACGCAACAACGCCAACAACAGCAAACAGCACAAAAUCAACAAGAAACAGAGUGGAACUCUGUGCAGCAACAGCAAUGGCGGCAGCGCCAGCGCCCAGAUGAAAUGUCGCCGCGGUGGCGUCGGUGUGGCCUCAGCGCCAACGCUCAGUCUCGGCUUGUGGCUGCUGCCUGUGCUGUUGGUGUUGUUGGCGUGGCAGCAGCAGCCAUGCGAGGGACGUUAUCUGCCGACAAGGUCACAUGGCGACGAUUUGGAUAAAUUGCGCGAAUUAAUGUUGCAGAUUUUGGAAUCCAGCAACGAAGAACAACGACCACCCAACGAGGCUAAUGGCAACACAAUGGCACAACGUACCUCCUGGUUAAACAAGUUGAAUGCCAUGGAUGGUGUGGAUACACAAAGAAAAUAUGGCACACGUGGCAUCUACGACAAUGGACGUUACUAUUAAAUUACAAGCCGCGAUGGAUAAAAGUAGAAAAAUAUGAAAAAAGCAGUUAAGUGAAGGUGUUGACGACCAAAAAUAUUGAAAUUAAACCAAAUCCACAUUGAAGACAAACAAGAUAAAGCGCGAAGAUGGUAGUGUGCCAAAAUGCACAAAGAAUAAGAAAGUGAGGUGAAAGGGUUGGUUUUUUAUAAAAAGAAAUUUUUGAUUUUGGAAUUGCCAAUUAGUGUUUAAUGCACGCUCUUCAUAUAUAAUAGGUUAAAAAAUAUGUUACAGAAAUAAUUAAAAAAAAUUUCAAUGUCAUUACAAGCUAUUUAGCAGAAAGAUUGAUUUAGAUAAAAUGUAGUAGAGGUGAAAACUUUCGGUUUACUGAGUUGUAUGUCGGCUGGAAAGCUUUCACUUUAAUUCUUUCAAUAUUAUUGCAAUCUUCUCGGCAAGCAAUAUAUCAAGAUAAAAGCUCUCGUUUUAUCUGUUAUUGAGUUAUAUUACAGCUCGAAAGCUUUUACAUAUUCUCUUUAUGAGCUGACAAUGAAAGCUUUCACGCAAGCUGUUGUAGAUUUACGUUUUGUGAAUGCUUUUGAUACAAAUACAUUGCUUUAUGACAGUUUUUACCGAAAGCAUGUUUGUGGUUUCAAAAGCUUUUUAUCAAUUUCAUAAAAAUUCCGUUAAAAAAAUGUUUGAUAAUUCAGAUAAAGAAAAUUGGUAAUUUGCAAAAUUUUUAUAUUAAUUUACGAAGCUUCAGCAGUUAAACUUUAAGCUCAAAUUUAAGUGAAAGUUUUCCGUAAGCUUAAGUAAUUAACAUUUUAGAAAACGAAAAUAAUUUUCAUUUUAUCUGUGCACCUUAGAAUUUCUCCUUAAUGAAUGCAAAUAUUUUGUGUCUUUGGAGCUUUCAAGUUCUCUGAAAAUAUUUGCAAAAUCACAAAAUAUUUAGUAUGGCUAUUUAUUAAACUUUUGAAAGCUUCUGAAAUAGUAAAUAGUUAUUUAAAUUUAAAUAGUUUUUUAAAUUUUCCAUUUUAUUUUAAAAGAAGCUUUUCUAAAGCUUAUAAUUGCAUCAAGUGAACUUUUAGUACAAAAUUUAUUCUUUUAUGAGUUUUCUUAUUCUAUUUAAAAGGUGAAAUCAUAUUCAGAGUGAAAGCUCUUAAAGUUGCAAGCUUUCACGCUACGUUAGUAAUUCUCUCAUUGUUAAAGAGCUUUUUGGGUUCCUGUAGGUUUUUUAACCAUUUUGUCGUGUUAGUUAACUUUUUCAGUUAUUAUUUAAAAUUAGUAAGCUUACUGAAAUAAGCAAGCUUACGCCUAUGAAUAGAUUACGAAGAGGCAAACCUCAUUGAGUUUUAAAAUCCUUGCAAAUUAAAAAAAAAAAAAAAAAAUACUGUUAAUUUCUCCCAACAAAAUUACAACAAUUUGUAGUAUAUACGUAUUCAUUGAUCUAUAUACUCGUAUGUAUGUGCUAAACCUAUUUGAGGAAAGAAAAACUUUAAAUGUUCCUAAAUAUGUAUGUAAC